GCAGACUCAGAGACCGCAAUAUGGUAGUAGCCACCGUCAACCUCGGUGGCAGGCUUGCCCACAAUCAUGCAGUCCGGACUAAACCGAAACAGAAGCAAUUCAACCGACGGGAAUUGCAGUUCGAAGCAGCACGGUGUGCGGUGACUAAUCGGUUCCUCCUCAACCUCGACACACGACUGGACGAGCGAACAACCACCGCCGCGGAAUUGGCGACCGACUUUACCAAUGCUCUCCUCGACGCAGCACGGACGACCCUGGGGGAGGAACCGCGGAGACGCCGCACGCAGGAGUGGUGUGAGACCCCAGAGACGCGAGCAGCGCUGAAGCAGGCCCUUGCCAAACGUCGGGAAGCGCGCCGGGCGAAGAGGGGCAACUGGAACUCAGCGACGUGGAGGGUCCUCAAAGCAGCGUGUAAGGGAGUGGCUACAGUAGUCGAAACGGGCAUUUAUGCCCACCUGGACGGAUAUGUGACUGAGCUCGAAGAAAUCUACAAAGAUCGCGACAUGCGAGGACUGUACCAACACCUCAAGAGACCAGUGGGCCUCAGCGGGAGACAAGCGGGGGAACGGCAGUUCGUCGCGGAUGAGAACGGCGUGUUCCUCCGGAACAGGGACGACAUCCUCCAGCGGUGGGCGAGAUUCUUCAGCAACUUACUCAACGCCAAAUCCCUCACCCUGAACCCAGACAUCAUCGAACGAGUGACGCAGCGGCCAGCGACACGUCGCAAAGAUGGGGGUGACUCCUCCAGCGACUCUGCGGCGGAAGACAGAAAGGGGUCAAGAGAAGAGCUCGUGGCCCUGAGGACGCAAGCUAGCUCGCUGACGGAUCAGAUGAGCUAUCGAAUGUCGCUAGUGGAAGAUACCAUGAAGGCAAGCAAGAAGGAGGAGCCAGCUGGCACCACGGAGGGUGCCCCUGAUCGCGGCGAUGCUAGGGAGAGCGCCGCCGCGGAGUCCACGAACGCCGAAGGAGGGGCACCGUGGACCGGGAGUGCGCAGGACGGGAGCGGAAAUCGAAAGAUUUCAACGNUGUCCCCCAAGAGGUGAGAGUAGCCGCUGCUCACAACCAAGAUUACAGUAGUGCCAUGGGAUAUGUGGUGCUGCUGUUGGCGUUGGACACGGAGCCACAACCCCAGCGACGGGGUACCAAAGUUUGCGGUACACUUCUCCUCCGUUCAGCGGAAAUCGAAAGAUUUCAACGAAUGGCUUAAUGAUUUCCGCAUGGCAGCUAAUGGCGCAAACCUGUUGGAACAGUUUGAAGAGAGCGGGAGCUUGGAGAUCCCCGUCAACAGCGGAAAGAGCAAGUUUUCGCUGUCACAGCAGUGCCGGAGCGAGCAAGCUCGCAUUCCAUGCGUGGAACUUCCUGUCUCACGCGUUGAAAGAAAAAGAUCGGAAAUCUUGAAGAGGGCGGAGAUGCCCCAGGGAGCUCUUCGUGAGCUCAAGACCAUACACGACCCUGAAUCAUCUGUACAGCCGUCAGAGGACCUCAAGUCCCUGACGUCGACCAAGAUCUCUAGAGGUGAAAACCCCCAAAACGCCCUAAAUGAGAUGCUCCAAACCGCAAAGUCCUUAACCGAGAAAGGACAAACUGUCAACGAAACGUUCAUCCUUCACCUCUUCCUGGAUAACCUUUCGGACGAGUAUGCCAUGACAACGCAC